AACCUGCGGCCCCCUGCCCUGAACCCCCAACCUCAGCCUCGGCCCCUGGGGCCUCAACAUCAUGGGUGACGGAGGAGAGGGCGAGGACGAGGUCCAGUUCCUGCGGACGGAGGACGAAGUGGUCCUACAGUGCAAUGCCACCGUGCUCAAGGAGCAGCUGAAGCUGUGCCUGGCCGCCGAGGGCUUCGGGAACCGGCUCUGCUUCCUGGAACCCACCAGCAAUGCCCAGAAUGUUCCACCUGAUCUGGCUAUCUGCUGCUUUGUGCUGGAGCAGUCGCUGUCUGUGCGGGCCCUGCAGGAGAUGCUGGCCAACACGGUGGAGGCUGGUGUGGAGUCGUCCCAGGGUGGGGGACACAGGACGCUGUUGUAUGGCCAUGCCAUCCUGCUCCGGCACGCCCACAGCCGCAUGUAUCUGAGCUGCCUCACCACUUCUCGCUCCUUGACGGACAAGCUGGCCUUCGAUGUGGGACUGCAGGAGGACGCUACAGGUGAAGCCUGCUGGUGGACGAUGCACCCAGCCUCCAAGCAGAGGUCAGAAGGGGAAAAGGUCCGUGUGGGAGAUGACCUCAUCCUCGUUAGCGUCUCCUCUGAGCGCUACCUGCAUCUGUCGACAGCCAGCGGCGAGCUCCAGGUGGACGCCUCCUUCAUGCAGACGCUGUGGAACAUGAACCCCAUCUGCUCCCGCUGCGAAGAGGGCUACGUCACGGGGGGUCACGUCCUCCGCCUCUUUCAUGGGCACAUGGAUGAAUGUCUGACCAUUUCCCCUGCUGACAGUGAAGACCAGCGCAGGCUUGUCCACUACGAGGGAGGUGCUGUGUGCACCCACGCCCGCUCCCUCUGGAGGCUGGAGCCUCUGAGGAUCAGCUGGAGCGGGAGCCACCUGCGCUGGGGCCAGCCUCUCCGCAUCCGGCACGUGACCACAGGGCGGUACCUGGGCCUCACUGAGGACCAGGGCCUGGUGGUGGUCGACGCCAGCAAGGCCCACACCAAGGCCACCUCCUUCUGCUUCCGCAUCUCCAAGGAAAAGCUAGACGUGGCCCCCAAGAGGGACGUGGAGGGCAUGGGGCCACCUGAGAUCAAGUAUGGCGAGUCACUGUGCUUCGUGCAGCAUGUGGGCUCCGGCCUGUGGCUCACUUAUGCCGCCCCGGACCCCAAGGCCCUGCGACUUGGCGUGCUCAAGAGAAAGGCCAUGCUGCACCAGGAAGGCCACAUGGACGAUGCGCUGUCCAUGUCCCGAUGUCAGCAGGCGGAGUCCCAGGCUGCCCGAAUGAUCUACAGCACCGCGGGCCUCUACAACCUUUUCAUCAAGGGCCUGGACAGCUUCAGCGGGAAACCGAGGGGUGCCGGGCCCCCGGCUGGCACGGCGCUGCCCAUUGAGGGCGUCAUCCUGAGCCUGCAGGACCUCAUCGGCUACUUCGAGCCGCCGUCGGAGGAGCUGCAGCACGAGGAGAAGCAGACCAAGCUUCGCAGUCUGCGGAACCGCCAGAGCCUCUUCCAGGAAGAGGGGAUGCUCUCCUUGGUCCUGAAUUGCAUCGACCGUCUGAAUGUCUACACCACUGCGGCCCACUUUGCCGAGUUUGCAGGGGAGGAGGCGGCUGAGUCUUGGAAAGAGAUUGUGAAUCUGCUCUAUGAACUCCUGGCCUCUCUGAUCCGAGGCAACCGCACGAACUGUGCGCUCUUUUCCACCAACUUGGACUGGCUGGUCAGCAAGCUGGAUCGACUGGAGGCCUCCUCUGGGAUCCUGGAGGUGUUGUAUUGCGUCCUGAUUGAGAGCCCUGAGGUCCUGAACAUCAUUCAGGAGAACCACAUCAAAUCCAUCAUCUCCCUCUUGGACAAGCAUGGGAGGAACCACAAGGUCCUGGAUGUGCUGUGCUCCCUGUGUGUGUGCAACGGCGUGGCUGUGCGUUCCAACCAAGACCUCAUCACGGAGAACUUGCUCCCUGGCCGAGAACUUCUGCUGCAGACAAACCUCAUCAACUAUGUUACCAGCAUCCGCCCUAACAUCUUUGUGGGACGAGCAGAGGGUUCCACACAGUAUGGCAAGUGGUACUUUGAAGUGAUGGUGGAUGAGGUGGUUCCGUUUUUGACAGCUCAGCCCACUCACCUGCGGGUGGGUUGGGCCCUCACUGAAGGCUACAGCCCCUACCCCGGAGGAGGCGAGGGCUGGGGCGGCAACGGAGUUGGCGAUGACCUCUAUUCCUAUGGCUUUGAUGGGCUGCAUCUAUGGACAGGACACGUGGCACGCCCAGUGACAUCUCCAGGGCAGCACCUCCUGGCCCCUGAGGAUGUAGUUAGCUGCUGCCUGGACCUCAGUGUGCCAUCUAUCUCCUUCCGGAUCAAUGGCUGCCCUGUGCAGGGCGUCUUUGAGGCCUUCAACCUGGAUGGGCUCUUCUUCCCUGUUGUCAGCUUCUCGGCUGGUAUCAGGGUCCGGUUCCUCCUGGGUGGUCGCCACGGUGAAUUCAAGUUCCUCCCUCCACCUGGCUACGCCCCAUGCCAUGAGGCUGUGCUCCCACGAGAGAGACUCCAUCUCCAGCCGAUCAAGGAGUAUCGGCGGGAGGGACCUCGGGGUGCUCACCUGGUGGGCCCCAGCCGCUGCCUCUCACACACCGACUUCGUGCCCUGCCCCGUUGACACCAUCCAGAUUGUCCUGCCUCCCCAUCUGGAACGCAUCCGGGAGAAGCUGGCCGAGAACAUCCAUGAGCUCUGGGCCCUGACUCGCAUCGAGCAGGGCUGGACCUAUGGCCUGGUUCGGGAUGACAAUAAGAGGCUGCACCCGUGUCUUGUGGACUUCCACAGCCUCCCAGAGCCGGAGAGGAAUUACAACCUGCAGAUGUCCGGAGAGACACUCAAGACCCUGCUGGCACUGGGUUGCCACGUGGGCAUGGCAGAUGAGAAGGCGGAGGAUAACCUGAAGAAGACGAAACUCCCCAAGACCUACAUGAUGAGCAACGGGUACAAGCCGGCCCCCCUGGACCUGAGCCACGUGCGCCUGACACCGGCUCAGACCACCCUGGUGGACCGGCUGGCAGAGAACGGGCACAACGUGUGGGCGCGAGACCGUGUUGGCCAGGGCUGGAGUUACAGCGCCGUGCAGGACAUCCCUGCGCGCCGAAACCCUCGCCUUGUGCCCUACCGCCUGCUGGAUGAAGCCACCAAACGCAGCAACCGGGACAGCCUGUGCCAGGCCGUGCGCACCCUGUUGGGCUAUGGCUACAACAUCGAGCCACCCGACCAGGAGCCCAGUCUGGUGGAGAGCCAGUCCCGCUGGGACCGCGUGCGCAUCUUCCGGGCAGAGCGAUCCUAUGCCGUGCAGAGCGGCCGCUGGUACUUCGAGUUUGAGGCAGUCACCACGGGCGAGAUGCGAGUGGGCUGGGCCCGGCCCGAGCUGCGACCUGAUUUAGAGCUGGGAGCUGAUGAACUGGCCUAUGUCUUCAACGGGCACCGCGGCCAGCGCUGGCACUUGGGCAGUGAGCCGUUCGGGCGUCCCUGGCAAUCUGGCGACGUGGUGGGCUGCAUGAUCGAUCUCUCGGAGAACAACAUCAUCUUCACCCUCAAUGGAGAGGUCCUCAUGUCUGACUCCGGCUCCGAGACAGCCUUCCGGGACAUCGAGAUUGGGGAAGGCUUCCUGCCCGUCUGCAGCUUGGGACCUGGCCAGGUGGGCCACCUGAACCUGGGCCAGGAUGUGAGUUCCCUGCGGUUCUUCGCCAUCUGCGGCCUGCAGGAAGGCUUUGAGCCCUUUGCCAUCAACAUGCAGCGCCCUGUCACCACCUGGUUCAGCAAAAGUCUCCCCCAGUUUGAGGCUGUACCCCUUGAGCACCCCCACUACGAGGUGUCCCGCGUGGACGGCACCGUGGACACGCCCCCCUGCCUGCGCCUGACCCACCGGACCUGGGGCUCCCAGAACAGCCUCGUGGAGAUGAUCUUUCUUCGCCUGAGCCUCCCUGUCCAAUUCUACCAGCACUUCCGCUGCACGGCAGGGGCCACGCCCCUGGCCCCCCCAGGCUUGCAGCCCCCCGCAGAGGACGAGGCCCGGGCCACAGAGCCCGACCCUGACUAUGAGAACCUGCGCCGCUCUGCUGGGCGCUGGGGGGAGGGGGAAGGGGGCAAAGAGGGAACCGCCAAGGAGGGGGCGCCAGGGGGCACGUCCCAGGCUGGGGGCGAGGCCCAGCCCGCCAAGGUGGAGAAUGAGAAGGACGCAACCACGGAGAAGAACAAGAAGAGAGGGUUCUUAUUCAAGGCCAAGAAGGUGGCCAUGAUGACCCAGCCGCCAGCCACGCCCACCCUGCCCCGACUCCCUCAUGAUGUGGUGCCCACUGAUGACCGAGAUGACCCUGAGAUCAUCCUUAACACUACCACGUACUAUUACUCUGUGAGAGUCUUCGCUGGCCAGGAGCCCAGCUGUGUGUGGGUGGGCUGGGUCACUCCUGACUACCACCAGCAUGACAUGAACUUCGACCUCAGCAAGGUCCGGGCCGUGACAGUGACCAUGGGGGAUGAACAAGGCAACAUCCACAGCAGCCUCAAGUGCAGCAACUGCUACAUGGUGUGGGGUGGGGACUUCGUGAGCCCUGGGCAGCAGGGUCGAGUCAGCCAUACGGACCUCGUGAUUGGCUGCCUGGUGGAUUUGGCCACAGGCUUAAUGACCUUUACCGCCAAUGGCAAAGAGAGCAACACCUUUUUCCAGGUGGAACCCAACACGAAGCUGUUUCCCGCCGCCUUUGUCCUGCCCACGCACCAGAAUGUUGUCCAGUUUGAGUUGGGGAAGCUAAAGAACAUCAUGCCGCUGUCGGCCGCCAUGUUCCUGAGUGAGCGCAAGAACCCAGCCCCGCAGUGCCCGCCGCGGCUGGAGGUGCAGAUGCUGAUGCCCGUCUCCUGGAGCCGCAUGCCCAACCACUUCCUGCAGGUGGAGACGCGGCGGGCCAGCGAGCGCCUGGGCUGGGCUGUGCAGUGCGAGGACCCGCUGACCAUGAUGGCGCUACACAUCCCCGAGGAGAACCGGUGCAUGGACAUCCUGGAGCUGUCGGAGCGCCUGGACCUGCAGCGUUUCCAUUCCCACACCCUGGGCCUCUACCGCUCCGUGUGCGCGCUGGGCAACAACCGCGUGGCGCACGCCCUGUGCAGCCACGUGGACGAGGCGCAGCUGCUGCACGCGCUGGAGGACGCGCACCUGCCCGGCGCGCUGCGCGCGGGCUACUACGACCUGCUCCUCAGCAUCCACCUGGAGAGCGCCUGCCGCAGCCGCCGCUCCAUGCUCUCCGAGUACAUCGUGCCGCUCACCGCGCAGACGCGCGCCAUCACCCUCUUCCCCGCCGGCCAGGGCGCGCCCGACGGGCCUCGCCGGCACGGCCUGCCCGGCGUCGGGGUCACCACCUCGCUGCGGCCCCCGCAUCACUUCUCGCCCCCCUGUUUUGUCGCCUCCCUGCCUUCCGCCAAGGGGGCCGAAGCCCCGGUCCGCCUUAGCCCCGCCAUCCCGCUGGAGGCCCUGCGGGACAAGGCGCUGAGGAUGCUGGGCGAGGCGGUGCGCGACGGCGGGCAGCACGCACGCGACCCCGUCGGGGGCUCGGUGGAGUUCCAGUUUGUGCCGGUGCUCAAGCUUGUGUCCACCCUCCUGGUGAUGGGCGUCUUUAGUGACGAGGAUGUCAAGCAGAUCCUGAAGAUGAUUGAGCCUGAAGUCUUCACCGAGGUGGAAGAGGAGGAGGAAGAGGAGGAGGAGGAGGAGGAGGAGGAAGAGAAGGAGGAGGAUGAGGAGGAAGAGGCAGAGGAGAAGGAAGAUGAAGAAAAAGAAGAAGAGGAGGCAGCAGAAGGGGAAAAGGAAGAAGGCUUGGAGGAGGGCCUUCUGCAGAUGAAAUUACCAGAGUCUGUGAAGUUACAGAUGUGCCACCUGCUGGAGUAUUUCUGUGACCAAGAGCUGCAGCACCGCGUGGAGUCCCUCGCCGCCUUUGCAGAGCGAUACGUGGACCAGCUUCAGAGCAACCAGCGGAGCCGCUAUGUCCUCCUCAUGAAAGCCUUCACCAUGUCUGCAGCCGAGACUGCCCGGCGGACCCGGGAGUUCCGCUCCCCACCCCAGGAGCAGAUCAACAUGCUACUGCACUUCAAAGACGGUGCGGAUGAGGAAGACUGUCCUCUCCCCGAGGAGCUUCAAAAGGAGCUGCUCAACUUUCACCAAGACCUGCUGGCACACUGUGGGAUCCAGCUGGACGGGGAGGAGGAAGAGCCCGAGGAAGAGGCUACGCUGGGCAGCCGACUGCGGAGCCUGUUGGAGAAAGUGCGGCUGGUGCAGAAGAAGGAGGAGAAGACGGGGGACGAGUCCUUGGAAGAGGAGCACAAACCUCAAUCCCUGCAGGAGCUGGUGUCCCACACGGUGGUGCGUUGGGCCCAGGAGGACUUCGUGCAGAGCCCAGAGCUGGUUCGGGCCAUGUUCAGCCUCCUGCACCGGCAGUACGAUGGGCUCGGGGAGCUGCUGCGCGCCCUGCCUCGGGCGUACACCAUCUCGCCGUCCUCAGUGGAGGACACCAUGAGCCUGCUGGAGUGUCUCAGCCAGAUCCGCUCCCUGCUGAUUGUGCAGAUGGGCCCCCUGGAGGAGAACCUCAUGAUCCAGAGCAUUGGAAACAUCAUGAACAACAAAGUCUUCUACCAGCACCCGAACCUGAUGCGGGCUCUGGGCAUGCACGAAACGGUCAUGGAGGUUAUGGUCAAUGUCCUUGGGGGAGGCGAGUCCAAGGAGAUCCGCUUCCCGAAGAUGGUGACAAGUUGCUGCCGCUUCCUUUGCUACUUCUGCCGCAUCAGCCGGCAGAACCAGCGCUCCAUGUUUGACCACCUGAGCUACCUGCUGGAGAACAGUGGCAUCGGCCUGGGCAUGCAGGGGUCCACGCCCCUGGACGUGGCAGCUGCCUCUGUCAUCGACAACAACGAGCUGGCCUUGGCCUUGCAGGAGCAGGACCUGGAAAAGGUGGUAUCCUACCUAGCAGGCUGUGGCGUCCAAAGCUGCUCCAUGCUCCUGGCCAAAGGGUACCCCGACAUUGGCUGGAACCCCUGCGGGGGCGAGCGAUAUUUGGAUUUCCUGCGCUUUGCCGUCUUCGUCAAUGGCGAGAGCGUGGAGGAGAACGCCAACGUGGUGGUGCGGCUGCUGAUCCGCAAGCCCGAGUGCUUCGGGCCCGCGCUCUUCGGGGAGGAGCCCCCGGAGGAAAACCGGGUGCACCUGGGACACGCCAUCAUGUCCUUCUACGCCGCCUUGAUCGACCUGCUGGGACGCUGCGCGCCGGAGAUGCACCUGAUCCAAGCCGGCAAAGGCGAGGCCCUGCGGAUCCGCGCCAUCCUGCGCUCUCUUGUGCCCCUGGAUGACCUUGUGGGCAUCAUCAGCCUCCCACUGCAGAUCCCCACCCUGGGCAAAGAUGGGGCUCUGGUACAACCAAAGAUGUCAGCCUCCUUCGUGCCAGACCACAAGGCGUCCAUCGUGCUCUUCCUGGACCGCGUGUAUGGCAUCGAGAGCCAGGACUUCUUACUGCAUGUCCUGGACGUGGGCUUUCUGCCGGACAUGAGGGCAGCCGCCUCGCUGGACACGGCCACUUUCAGCACCACGGAGAUGGCGCUGGCGCUGAACCGCUACCUCUGCCUAGCGGUGCUGCCGCUCAUCACCAAGUGCGCGCCUCUGUUCGCCGGCACGGAGCACCGCGCCAUCAUGGUGGACUCCAUGCUUCACACCGUGUACCGCCUGUCCCGCGGCCGCUCGCUCACCAAGGCGCAGCGCGACGUCAUCGAGGACUGCCUGAUGGCGCUCUGCAGGUACAUCCGCCCGUCCAUGCUGCAGCACCUGCUGCGGCGGCUGGUCUUCGACGUGCCCAUCCUCAAUGAGUUCGCCAAGAUGCCGCUCAAGCUUCUCACGAACCACUAUGAGCGCUGCUGGAAGUACUACUGUCUUCCCACGGGCUGGGCCAACUUUGGGGUCACCUCGGAGGAAGAGCUGCACCUCACUCGGAAACUCUUCUGGGGCAUCUUUGAUUCCUUGGCCCAUAAGAAGUAUGACUCCGAGCUCUACCGAAUGGCCAUGCCUUGUCUGUGCGCCAUCGCGGGGGCCCUGCCCCCGGACUACGUGGACGCCUCCUACUCCUCUAAGGCCGAGAAAAAGGCCACGGUGGACGCGGAAGGCAACUUCGAUCCCCGGCCUGUGGAGACCCUGAACGUGAUCAUCCCUGAGAAGCUGGACUCCUUCAUUAACAAGUACGCGGAGUAUACCCACGAGAAGUGGGCCUUCGACAAGGUCCAGAACAACUGGUCCUAUGGGGAGAACAUCCAUGAGGAGCUGAAGACCCACCACAUGCUGAGGCCCUACAAGACCUUCUCGGAGAAGGACAAAGAGAUUUACCGUUGGCCCAUUAAGGAGUCCUUGAAGGCUAUGAUUGCCUGGGAAUGGACAGUAGAGAAGGCCAGGGAGGGCGAGGAAGAAAAGACGGAGAAGAAAAAAACACGGAAGAUAUCACAGACUGCCCAGACCUACGACCCCCGCGAAGGCUACAACCCCCAGCCCCCGGACCUGAGCGGAGUUACCCUGUCCCGGGAGCUGCAGGCCAUGGCGGAACAGUUGGCGGAAAAUUACCAUAACACGUGGGGGAGGAAGAAGAAGCAGGAGCUGGAAGCCAAGGGCGGCGGGACCCACCCCCUGCUGGUCCCCUACGACACGCUGACUGCCAAGGAGAAGGCUCGAGAUCGGGAGAAGGCCCAGGAGCUGCUGAAGUUCCUGCAGAUGAAUGGCUUCGCCGUUACCAGAGGCCUUAAGGACAUGGAGCUGGACACAUCCUCCAUUGAGAAGCGGUUCGCCUUUGGCUUCCUACAGCAGCUGCUCCGUUGGAUGGACAUUUCCCAAGAGUUCAUUGCCCACCUGGAGGCGGUGGUCAGCAGUGGGCGAGUGGAAAAAUCCCCCCAUGAACAGGAAAUUAAGUUCUUUGCCAAGAUCCUGCUUCCCUUGAUUAACCAGUACUUCACCAAUCACUGUCUCUAUUUCCUGUCCACCCCGGCCAAGCUGCUGGGCAGUGGUGGCCAUGCCUCCAACAAGGAGAAGGAAAUGAUCACCAGCCUCUUCUGCAAACUCGCUGCUCUUGUCCGACACCGAGUCUCUCUCUUCGGGACCGAUGCCCCCGCCGUGGUCAACUGCCUGCACAUCCUGGCUCGAUCCCUGGAUGCCAGGACGGUGAUGAAGUCGGGCCCCGAGAUCGUCAAGGCCGGCCUGCGCUCCUUCUUCGAGAGCGCGUCUGAGGACAUUGAGAAGAUGGUGGAGAACCUCCGGCUGGGCAAGGUGUCGCAGGCGCGCACCCAGGUGAAGGGUGUGGGCCAGAACCUGACCUACACCACCGUGGCCCUGCUGCCCGUCCUCACCACCCUCUUCCAGCACAUCGCCCAGCACCAGUUCGGAGACGACGUCAUCUUGGAUGAUGUCCAGGUGUCUUGCUACCGAACCCUGUGCAGUAUCUACUCUCUGGGCACCACCAAGAGCACUUACGUGGAGAAGCUGAGGCCUGCCCUUGGCGAGUGCCUGGCCCGCCUCGCUGCAGCCAUGCCCGUGGCCUUCCUGGAGCCUCAACUGAACGAGUACAACGCCUGCUCCGUGUACACCACCAAGUCUCCCCGAGAGCGGGCCAUUCUGGGGCUCCCCAACAGCGUGGAGGAGAUGUGCCCCGACAUCCCGGUGCUGGAGCGGCUCAUGGCCGAGAUCGGGGGACUGGCCGUGUCGGGGGCGCGCUACACAGAGAUGCCACACGUCAUCGAGAUCACGCUGCCCAUGCUGUGCAGCUACCUCCCGCGCUGGUGGGAGUAUGGGCCCGAGACCCCGCCCCCUGGCGCGCCCCCACCCUGCACCGCCGUCACCUCCGACCACCUCAACUCCUUGCUGGGCAACAUCUUGCGGAUCAUCGUCAACAACCUGGGCAUCGACGAGGCCUCAUGGAUGAAGCGGCUCGCUGUGUUCGCCCAGCCCAUCGUCAGCCGGGCGCGGCCGGAGCUGCUGCACUCCCACUUCAUCCCCACCAUCGGGCGGCUGCGCAAGCGCGCGGGCAAGGUGGUGUCCGAGGAGGAGCAGCUGCGCCUGGAGGCCAAGGCCGAGGCCCAGGAGGGCGAGCUCCUGGUGCGGGACGAGUUCUCCGUGCUCUGCCGGGACCUGUACGCCCUCUACCCGCUGCUCAUCCGCUACGUGGACAACAACAGGGCACAGUGGCUGACAGAGCCCAACCCCAACGCGGAGGAGCUGUUCCGGAUGGUGGGCGAAAUCUUCAUCUACUGGUCCAAGUCCCAUAAUUUUAAGCGCGAGGAGCAGAACUUUGUGGUCCAGAACGAGAUCAACAACAUGUCCUUCCUGACUGCUGACAGCAAGAGCAAGAUGGCCAAGGCAGGAGAUACACAGUCAGGUGGCUCAGACCAGGAACGAACCAAGAAGAAGCGCCGAGGGGAUCGCUACUCAGUGCAGACGUCACUGAUUGUGGCCACGCUCAAGAAGAUGCUGCCCAUCGGCCUGAACAUGUGUGCCCCCACUGACCAGGAGCUCAUCGCACUGGCCAAGACCCGCUAUGCUCUGAAAGACACCGAUGAAGAGGUCCGGGAGUACCUGCAGAACAACCUGCACCUGCAGGGAAAGGUCGAAGGCUCCCCGUCCCUACGCUGGCAGAUGGCGCUGUACCGGGGGGUUCCCGGCCGCGAGGAGGACUCCGACGACCCCGAGAAAAUCGUGCGCAGAGUCCAGGAGGUGUCCGCCGUGCUCUACCAUCUGGAGCAGACAGAGCAUCCGUACAAGUCCAAGAAGGCCGUGUGGCACAAGCUCUUGUCCAAGCAGCGCCGGCGGGCGGUCGUAGCCUGUUUCCGCAUGACCCCCCUGUACAACCUGCCCACGCACCGCGCGUGUAACAUGUUCCUAGAGAGCUACAAGGCGGCGUGGAUCCUGACUGAAGACCACAGCUUUGAGGACCGCAUGAUAGACGACCUUUCAAAAGCUGGGGAGCAAGAGGAGGAGGAGGAGGAAGAAGAGGAAAAGAAGCCAGAUCCCCUGCACCAGCUGGUCCUGCACUUCAGCCGCACAGCCCUGACUGAAAAGAGCAAACUGGACGAGGAUUACCUGUAUAUAGCAUAUGCUGAUAUCAUGGCAAAGAGCUGCCACCUGGAGGAGGCAGAGGAGAAGGUAGAAGCUGAAGAAGACGUGGAGGUCUCCUUUGAGGAGAAGGAGAUGGAGAAGCAGAGGCUCUUGUACCAGCAGGCGCGGCUGCACAAUCGGGGCGCCGCCGAGAUGGUGCUGCAGAUGAUCAGCGCCUGCAAAGGCGAGACGGGCUCCAUGGUGUCUUCCACCCUGAAGCUCGGCAUCUCCAUCCUGAAUGGGGGCAACGCGGAGGUGCAGCAGAAAAUGCUGGAUUAUCUGAAAGACAAGAAAGAAGUUGGCUUCUUCCAGAGCAUCCAGGCGCUGAUGCAGACUUGCAGCGUGCUGGAUCUCAACGCCUUCGAGAGACAGAACAAGGCAGAGGGGUUGGGCAUGGUGAAGGAGGAUGGAACGGUCAACAAUCGCCAGAACGGAGAGAAGGUCAUGGCGGAUGAUGAGUUCACCCAAGACCUGUUCAGAUUCCUGCAGCUGCUCUGUGAGGGGCACAACAAUGAUUUCCAAAACUACCUGCGGACACAGACCGGGAACACCACCACUAUUAACAUCAUCAUCUGCACGGUGGACUAUCUGCUGCGGCUGCAGGGCCCCUGUACCGGGAACCAGCAGAGCCUCGCACAUAGCCGCCUCUGGGACGCCGUAGUGGGAUUCCUGCACGUGUUUGCCCACCUGAUGAUGAAGCUUGCUCAGGAUUCGAGUCAGAUUGGCCUGCUGAAGGAGCUGCUGGAUCUUCAGAAAGACAUGGUGGUGAUGCUACUGUCCCUUCUGGAAGGGAACGUGGUGAACGGCAUGAUCGCGCGGCAGAUGGUGGACAUGCUAGUGGAGUCCUCGUCCAACGUGGAGAUGAUCCUCAAGUUCUUCGACAUGUUCCUGAAGCUCAAGGACAUCAUUGGCUCUGAUGCCUUCCAGGACUACGUCACCGACCCCCGGGGUCUCAUCUCCAAGAAGGAUUUCCAGAAGGCCAUGGACAGCCAGAAGCAAUUCUCCGGGCCCGAGAUCCAGUUCCUGCUUUCUUGCUCCGAAGCGGACGAGAACGAGAUGAUCAACUGUGAGGAGUUCGCCAACCGCUUAGAGGAGCCGGCCCGCGACAUCGGCUUCAAUGUGGCCGUGCUGCUGACCAACCUGUCCGAGCACGUGCCGCACGACCAGCGCCUGCGCAACUUCCUAGAGCUGGCUGAGAGCAUCCUGGAGUACUUCCGGCCCUACUUGGGCCGCAUCGAGAUCAUGGGCGCCUCGCGCCGCAUCGAGCGCAUCUACUUCGAGAUCUCAGAGACCAACCGCGCCCAGUGGGAGAUGCCCCAGGUGAAGGAGUCCAAGCGGCAGUUCAUCUUCGACGUGGUGAACGAGGGCGGCGAGUCGGAGAAGAUGGAGCUCUUCGUGAGCUUCUGCGAGGACACCAUCUUCGAGAUGCAGAUCGCCGCGCAGAUCUCCGAGGCCGAGGGCGAGGCGCCCGACGAGGAGGUGGAAGGAGAGGAAGAGGAGGUGCUGCCACAACCAGAGCCCGAGGCAGAGCCCGAGCCAGAGAAAGCCGACGCCGAGAACGGAGAGAAGGAAGAAGCCCCCGAGCCCCCACCAGAACCGCCCAAGGCGGCACCUCCUCCACCCACUUCAAAGAAGGAGGACGCCAAGGGUGGUGGCAUGGAAUUCUGGGAAGAACUAGAAGUGCAGAGGGUGAAGUUCUUGAACUACCUUUCUCGGAACUUUUACACCCUGCGCUUCCUUGCUCUCUUCUUGGCAUUUGCCAUCAACUUCAUCUUGCUCUUUUAUAAGGUCUCAGACUCUCCUCCGGGGGAGGAAGACAUCGAGGGCUCGGCAGCAGGGGACACGUCUGGCGCAGGCUCUGGUGGCGGCUCUGGCUGGGGCUCAGGGGCCGGGGAGGAGGCCGAGGGCGACGAGGAUGACAACAUGGUUUACUACUUCCUGGAGGAAAGCACGGGCUACAUGGAGCCUGCCCUGCGUUGCCUGAGCCUGCUGCACACACUGGUGGCCUUCCUCUGUAUCAUUGGCUACAACUGUCUCAAGGUGCCCCUGGUGAUCUUUAAGCGGGAGAAGGAGCUGGCCCGCAAGCUGGAAUUCGACGGCCUCUACAUCACGGAGCAGCCCGAGGACGACGAUGUGAAGGGCCAGUGGGACCGCCUGGUGCUCAACACGCCGUCUUUCCCCAGCAACUACUGGGACAAGUUUGUGAAGCGGAAGGUCUUGGACAAACACGGUGACAUCUAUGGGCGGGAGCGGAUCGCUGAGCUGCUGGGCAUGGACCUGGCCUCCCUGGAGAUCACAGCCCACAACGAGCGCAAGCCAGAGCCCCCUCCGGGGCUGCUCACCUGGAUCAUGUCCAUCGAUGUCAAGUACCAGAUCUGGAAGUUUGGGGUCAUUUUCACAGAUAAUUCCUUCCUGUACCUGGGCUGGUACAUGGUGAUGUCGCUCCUGGGCCACUACAACAACUUCUUCUUUGCCGCUCACCUUCUGGACAUCGCCAUGGGGGUCAAGACGCUACGCACCAUCCUCUCCUCUGUGACCCACAACGGGAAGCAGCUGGUGAUGACCGUGGGCCUCCUGGCGGUGGUGGUCUACCUGUACACCGUGGUGGCCUUCAACUUCUUCCGAAAGUUCUACAACAAGAGCGAGGAUGAGGACGAGCCUGACAUGAAGUGUGACGACAUGAUGACGUGCUACCUAUUUCAUAUGUACGUGGGUGUCCGGGCUGGUGGAGGUAUCGGGGACGAGAUUGAGGACCCGGCAGGCGACGAGUACGAGCUGUACCGGGUGGUCUUCGACAUCACUUUCUUCUUCUUCGUCAUUGUCAUCUUGCUGGCCAUUAUCCAAGGUCUGAUCAUCGACGCAUUUGGGGAGCUUCGAGACCAGCAAGAGCAAGUGAAGGAGGACAUGGAGACCAAGUGCUUCAUCUGCGGCAUCGGCAGCGACUACUUCGACACAACGCCGCACGGGUUCGAGACGCACACGCUGGAGGAGCACAACCUGGCCAAUUACAUGUUUUUCCUGAUGUAUCUGAUCAACAAGGACGAGACGGAACACACGGGUCAGGAAUCUUAUGUCUGGAAGAUGUACCAGGAGCGAUGCUGGGAUUUCUUCCCAGCUGGUGACUGUUUUCGCAAGCAAUAUGAGGACCAGCUUAGCUGAGCCCCCAGCUGGCCCUCCACGCUCACCUCAAGUGCCUUCUUCUCGCCAAAGCCCCUUCUCCUCAGCUAAUCUCCUCUCCGUGGGAGAAAUAAAGUCCGUACAGCCUGCCCCGGCAACACUGUG